CGAGCCCCCUGUGAGCGGCGCGGGCCCGGCCGAGCGGAGCUAUGAGCGGGCUCCGCCGUGCGGCUGCGCGGGCCUGGGGGCCGCCUCGCGCCCUGCGCGCCUUCUCCGCUCGUCCCCGGGACCGGAUAGUAGAAACUGUGGGAAAGCUCCUGCAGACAAAGGCACAGCUGGAAACUGAAGAAGGGAAAAAGAACUUCAUUCUUAAAACCCCCAAGGGCACCCAGGACUUCAGCCCAAAGCAGAUGGCCAUCCGGGAGAAAGUCUUCAGCACCAUCAUCAACUGUUUCAAGCGUCAUGGGGCUGAGGUCAUUGACACCCCUGUGUUUGAGCUGACAGAAACUCUGACUGGGAAGUAUGGAGAGGACUCGAAGCUCAUUUAUGAUCUGAAAGAUCAGGGGGGUGAGCUGCUUUCCCUUCGCUAUGACCUCACUGUGCCCUUUGCUCGUUAUUUGGCCAUGAACAAAAUCACCAACAUUAAACGCUACCACAUUGCUAAAGUUUACAGGAGGGAUAACCCAGUCAUGACGAGGGGCCGCUACAGGGAGUUCUACCAGUGUGAUUUUGACAUUGCUGGCCAGUGUGACCCCAUGAUUCCUGAUGCUGAGUGUCUGAAGAUCAUACAUGAGAUCCUGUCUGCCCUCCAACUUGGCAAUUUUCUCAUUAAGGUCAAUGACCGGCGUAUUCUGAGUGGGGUAUUUGCAGCUUGUGGGGUUCCAGAAAGCAAAUUACAAGCUGCUUGCUCUACCGUGGAUAAACUGAACAAGAUGACAUGGGAGGACGUGAAGAACGAGAUGGUUGGAGAGAAGGGGCUUACGCCUGAGGCUGCAGAUCUCAUUGGGGAAUAUGUUAAACUCCAUGGUGGGCUGGACCUGGUUGAACAGCUACUCCAGGACCCAAGACUCUCCCACAACAAGCUGGCUGGGGAGGGGCUGAGAGACAUGAAGCUGUUGUUUGAGUACCUGAUGUUAUUUGGCAUCGUAGACAAGAUCUCCUUUGACCUGAGUUUGGCCCGGGGUCUUAAUUAUUACACAGGGGUGAUCUACGAGGCUGUCCUGAUCCAGCAGCAGAAUGACCGUGUGGAGGAGUUGGUUGAUGUUGGCAGUGUGGCUGGAGGCGGCCGCUACGAUGGGCUGGUGGGGAUGUUUGAUUCCAAGAGGCAGAAAGUGCCCUGCGUGGGCGUUAGCAUUGGAAUCGAGCGGAUCUUUUCCAUUGUGAACUGUAAAGUGAAGGCUUCCAAAGAAAAGAUUCGAACAACUGAAACUCAGGUGCUGGUGGCAGCUCCACAGAAGCACUUCCUUGCUGCAAGAUUGAAGCUUAUUUCUGAACUGUGGGAUGCUGGGAUCAAGGCAGAGAUGCUGUACAGAGAGAACCCCAAGCUGCUGAAGCAGCUGCAUUACUGUGAGGAUACAGGCAUCCCUCUUGCUGCCAUCAUAGGUGAGCAGGAGCUGAAGGAUGGAGUCGUCAAGCUGCGAGAUGUAGCUACUAGGCAAGAGGUUGAUAUCCCAAGACAGAAGCUUCUUGAGGAGAUCAGGAGAAGGUUGGAGUCCUAGAAUUGUCCACAGCAGUUUGACUCACAGGAGCAUUUUGGGGCUGCAUGAAUUUUUUUCAAGCAAUUGGAGCAUCUAGAUCCCUGAACUAAUUCAGUGUCACCUGGCCAAGUCCUUGAGGAUCUGAGCCGUGCCAUCUGGGCAGAAAUCUGGCCACCUUCUAUUGUGCUGAGACUAAUUUGUCUGUACCAAAUCACGGAAUUGGGAAAUCUCAGCUUGUGCAGAACAGACAAAGGCACAAAGUAUAUUACUAUGUAGUUAAUGCUCUUGGGUUAAUUAACCCAAGGAGUGGGUCUGUUUAAUGUAUAUUCAGUGUCAUGAUAGUAAGCUCAUUGGUCCCAUCAGAAGUCAUGCUACAAUUUUUCAGACAAAUUAUUUUUGCCAUGACACAAAAGGUUUAACCAGCUGUUCAGGAACACGGAAGGAAUUUGCAAUUGCUUAUUCCUGUACAAUGGUCAGAUGCCUUUGCAAGAUGAUGUAUUGAUUUGUGUGCUUAAGAGAAAUCUUGUGAGCAUUAUCAAGUAUCUGGAACUUCCAUGAAAACAUUACCUUUCACCUUUAAGGGGCCUCGGAAUCACUCAAAGGUUAGUUCCCUAGUCUGUAUUUUUGCUACCCCCCAGUUUAGGGCUGAACUAGCUCGCUCCUGCUAAUUUUGUACAUGAAGAAAGUGGGUGGCCACUGCUUUCCAGAAUACAAUUAAAUGACUGUUUCUCA